UUUAUCGGUGAUUCGGUGGUACUACUGAUAUUCUCUGUCCACUUCCCAGUUGUCAGGUGCAAUUCAGAGUGCGGUCUUGCGUGUUGUGGCUUGUGUGGCUUUCAACCGUGACUGUGGCGGUGGCUGUGGCGUGCUUGGCAAGACACGUCAUGCGUCAUCAGAUGGAAUCACUCCGGCUUUCACAGCCACACGCCACCUACACCCACCACCACUGCCUCGUCCCCACCAAUCAUCCACCAUCAGCUACCAGCACUCUCAACGGCCUCAACCAAGUCCGUGCUCUGAAACCUCAUAGCACUCCUCCUCGGAUCUGUGUCCUCUGGCACUUGCCUACUUCUAAAAGACUGUCCCUCUAUCCCUCUGUCCCUGUUAACCCCGCCAGCAAGCUCGGUGCAAUCGUUGCUUAGUUCAUAGCUUCAAGGUAGCUCCUCCACCAUCCACGAGGCCACAUCAUGGCCUCCUCUUCUCGCAACCCCAAAUACACACCACCAGCUUCACCCAGCGGCUCGUUCUACGACCUCUCCGACGACAACGAAGAUGACUACAAUACCAUUACCCACACAUCGACUGGUCGGAGUGUGAAGCUCUUAUUCUCAAAGUCAAAGGUCUAUAUCCAUCCUUCGGCAUCGCAGAAAGACAACAUUCCAGGCUUCAUUGCUCUACUCCAGCAGAAAUCCCCCAACGCUAGCGACGCCGCAUCGAGCGCUCCCCCGGCAUCCUCGAUCCUCCUCGCAUGGGUCCCAGAGUCUGCCCUCGGCGAUGCGUACGAUACGUACGUCAAAGUUGACCUGAUCGAUGCCGACACUCCUCCUCGGCAGUCUUACCUCGUUCCACCUCCGCCGGCUGCAUACUCGCCCAAUAGCUCGUCGAUGGGAAAUUAUGCUUUCGCUGUGCCUGUGUCGCAGAUCUACUCGAUGUUGAUCCGGCCACCAAAUAUAGGAUGGUGGUGGGGUAGUCUUGUUAUCAACUCGCGCUCCGGGGAUUCUUUUCCGGCGUUGUUCUUUCACGAUUCGGAGUGUGCGAGUACUAUUGCCCAGAGCAAGCGGCGUGCGAAGGAAAGCUUUGAUCCGUUUGGCGAGGAAGGUGGGUUGUUCUGGGGUGGUGACGAAGUGCUCCGGUGGCUGCGACGGUACGCGAACAUCGAGAAGAGUCAAGUGGAGCCUAGCCUUUACCUCGUCGACCCGACGCCCGAAGAUUUGGUGUCAUUCAUCAGCAAGUCGGUAGUGGACAACAAUAUAGGCGUCGGGAGCUCCUCCUCUGCUACAGCGGGGAUGGACCCCAUCACCAAGGUUCUGAAAGAAGCACGCUGGAGUCUUCUGGAGCGCUUAACACGAGUGACACAAUUUACUCGACGCACGGCCGAGGACAUUCUGGACUCACCGAAAGUGCCGCCGCAGGUCAAGAGGCUGUUGAAGAAUCCUGACGUUGUCAACAUCCAGGAGGAAUUUGACUCCGCAAGAAUAUACCUGGCACGAUGGGCAAUGGGGAUCGCGGAGCAGAGCGAGCGUGAGCAGGCGAGAUUGGUGUGGACUAACCGCGAUAUUAUCGAGCUCGAAGACACGGAUGUUGGCGAGUUUGAGAUUCUGGAGAUCGGCGCGGGAAUGGACACGGAUAAACGAAAACCGGUGUCGUUGGAGGAGUGGAAUAAGUGGUUCGAUAGCAUCGGUCGCCUCUCGAUCUCGGUCGAGGAGGUUAAGGAGCGUAUUUUCCACAGCGGUAUCGAGGAGGGCGCGGCGCGAAAGGAAAUAUGGCUGUGGCUUUUGGAUGUCUAUCCUUGGGACUCGACCCGUGACGAGAGGCAGGCUCUCAUGAACAGCAAGCGCGACGAAUACAUCCGCCUUAAGGGCAAGUGGUGGGAUGAUUUUGAGCGCCGAAAUGGUGAUGAAUACUGGCGCGACCAAAAGAAUCGUAUCGAGAAGGACGUUCAUCGCACGGAUCGUAAUAUCCCCAUAUUCGCCGGCGAAGAUAUCCCCCACCCUGAUCAAGACUCACCAUUCGCCGAGGUCGGAACGAACGUCCACCUCGAGCAGAUGAAGGACAUGCUGCUCACCUACAACGAAUACAACACUACUCUCGGCUAUGUUCAGGGCAUGUCAGAUCUCCUAGCCCCGAUCUAUGCCGUCAUGCAGGACGACGCAGUAGCCUUCUGGGCCUUUGUUGGCUUCAUGGAGAGAACGGAGCGUAACUUCCUCCGCGAUCAGUCGGGUAUGCGGGCACAGCUUGUGGCGUUAGAUCACCUCGUACAGCUUUUGGACCCGAAACUGUAUCAGCACCUCCAGAGCGCUGACUCGACCAACUUUUUCUUCUUCUUCCGGAUGCUUCUCGUGUGGUUUAAGCGUGAGUUUAAAUGGGACGAUGUUCUUCGCCUCUGGGAGGUGCUGUGGACAAAUUAUUACAGUAGCCAGUAUCAUCUCUUUAUCGCGCUGGCGAUCUUGGAGAGACAUAGGGGUGUGAUCAUGGAUCACUUGAAACAAUUCGAUGAAGUCCUCAAAUACGUCAACGAACUCAGCAACACUAUCGACCUCAACAGCACCCGUGUACGCGCCGAGGCGCUUUUCCGACGGUUCCAGCGGACAAUCGAGACGGUGGACCGCAAGAAGGCGGAGAGCUCGGGACUGCCUAGUCCCGGAAAGAGACCAGUCAGCAGGAAGCUGGGUAGCUCUUCCGCUAAUAUCACGCCGAGUGCGACGACUACCGGUAGAGACGGCGGAAAGAAACCGAAGGCGGAGAUACCGGAUAUCAGUGAGGAUUUGAGGAGACUUCUGUCGAAGGAGGUUGUCAGGCCGUAAAUACUGGGGAUAGUAUGUGAUCGUUGUAUUUUUUUUGACUUCAGUGUAUGUUAGGUUCUCUUCAAUUUUCCAUUUUGCUAGGGACGGUUGGGCUGGAUUCGGGAGGAAGAGGGACGGACUUGUACGGGUGGUGUUUUUUUUUAUGUUGAAUAGCGCAGGUGUGGAUGGGCUUUGGAUCGGAAUGAUACAUGUGGAAUGAAAUGAACUUUUGGGCUACCUA